AUGGCAAAUAAUUUAUUUCAAGAUGGAACUGAAAAUGAAUUCGAUUUGCAGCAAAUAUUUAUUAAAGAAGAAACAUCACAAGAAAGUGAUAAAAUGGAACUAAUUACAACUGAAUAUGAAACCGAUAAAUCAGAAGUAAAAAGCUCUUCAAAAACUACGCAAAACAAACCAUAUUCAUGUUUAGUGCAACAUAAAAGGAUUCAUAAUGGUGAAAAACCAUUUUCUUGUGAUAUUUGUGAUCGAAAAUUUAGUUGGCGUGGUAGUUUAAUUGUGCAUAAACGAUCUCAUACGGAUGAAAAAUCAUUUUCAUGUGGAUUUUGUGAUAAGAAAUUUUCACAUCCAAGUAGUUUAACGAAACAUCAAAGAAUUCACAACCAAGAAGAUUUUAUGGGUGGGGAAGAAAAUGAUUUUAUUAAGGAAGAAAAAUCUAUGAAAAGUGAACUAAUUGAAGAGGGAAAUGUACAAGAAGAAGUAAAUUUGGAGGAAGUUAUGAUUAAAGAGGAAGCAUUAGAAGAAAAUGACUCCGAAUUAGAGGUGAAAAAAACUAAACCACAUUCAUGUGAUUUUUGUGAAAAAAGUUAUAAAAAUCGAAGAAAUUUAAUUGUCCAUCAACGACUUCAUACCGGUGAAAAACCAUUUUCAUGUGAUGUGUGUGAUAAAAGAUUUUCGCUACUUCAAAGUUUAGUUCAACAUAAACGAAUCCAUACGGGUGAAAAACCAUUUUCUUGUGAAAUUUGUGAUAAAAAAUUUACGCAACAAAGUACGUUAAUACAGCAUAAACGUAUUCACACGGGAAAAAAACCAUUUUCAUGUGAUUUCUGUGCGAAAGCAUUUGUUCAAGAAAAUAAUUUAAUUGAUCAUUUGAGAGUUCAUACUGGUGAAAAACCAUUUUCAUGUGAGGUGUGUGAUAAAACAUUUUCUCAGCUUCAAGGUUUAGUUCAGCAUAAAAGGUUACAUACGGGUGAAAAACCAUUUUCUUGUGAAAUUUGUAAUCGAAAAUUUACUUGGCAAGGAAAAAUAAUUACGAAAAGUGGACUAAUUGAAGAAGGAAAUGUACAAGAAAGAGUAAAUUUGGAGCAAGUAUUAAUUAAAGAGGAAAUAUUAGAAGACCAGGACACAAUGGAACUGAAACUGAAAGAUCGAACAACAGAACAAUUAGAGAUUAGAACUGUUUCAAAAGGUCAAAUAAAUAAAAAAUAUUCCUGUGAUUUAUGUGCGAAAAGAUUUAAAAAUCGACGAAAUUUAAUUGGGCAUCAACGAAUUCAUACCGCUCAUAAACGACUUCAUUCUGGGAAACGAUUAUUUUCCUGUGAAGUGUGUAAUAAAGUUUUUAUCCAAGAAAACAGUUUAAUUGAACAUGAACGGAUUCAUACUGGUGAAAAACCAUUUACCUGUGAAAUCUGUGAUAAAAAUUUUACACAACAAAGUUCUUUAAAUCGACAUAAAAGAAUUCACAUCAAAGAAGAUUCUAUCGAUGAAGUAUUUCAAGAAGCAAACGAUUUAAUUAAAGAAGAACCAAUUGAGAGUGAUGAAAACCUUGAAAACUAUAAUGAAAUUGAAGAAAACUUUAAGAAUAAUGAAAUUGCAAAAGUUAAAGGAAGUAAAGUUAAAGGAAAGGCAAAAUCCCGUUCCAAUCGAGCAGGACUUCAGUUUCCCGUCGGAAGAAUCCAUAGAUUAUUGAGGAAAGGCAAUUAUGAGGAACGAGUUGGUGCCGGGGCACCUGUAUAUUUAGCAGCUGUAAUGGAAUAUUUGGCCGCUGAAGUUUUGGAAUUGGCGGGAAAUGCAGCAAGAGACAACAAAAAAACAAGAAUAAAACCAGAAAGAUUAGCUGCAGCUUUUCGAAAGAAUGAAAAAUUAAAUCGUACACAUUCUAGUCAUUGGAAAUGUUUUUUCAACACUUUAACAAAUCAAGGUUUUAAACCCGAAAUAUGUUUAAGUAUGGUCACAAAUUAUCCCGAAUUGUUAUAUAAAAAAGAGAAGGAUUUAAUCAAUGGUUUAGAAAAUUGGAGAAAUUGCCAGUUUGGUGAGAGCGCUGCUAUUCAUCUUCUUUCAACUCAUCCACAUUUCAUUGAUAUUCCAUCUAAUCAAAUUUACGAACGUACAAAUAAUUUAAGUUCGCUAAUUUCGUCAAGGGUUAAAGUUAAACAGUUAAUUGAGUUAAAUCCAAACGUAAUGGUCGUAAAUUGGAAUCAAAUAACACAAUCUAUUGAUUAUUUAACCAAUAUUAUGAAAAUAGAAAUGUCUGAAAUUUAUAAAUCUAGUGCGUUACAAUUACCUCUGGAAGAGCUACAAUGCCGACACACUUUUUUGGUACGUUUAGGAUUGUUUAAACCACGUAAUCCAAAAGCCAGUCCUUUAGAUCCCUGUACUAAUCCAAAACUACGACAAAUUACUGAUACGGAUGAUACAGUUUUUGCUAAAAGUGUGUGCAAAGUUAGUUUAGAAGAGUUUCGAGUUUUUCAACAAUUGUUUGAGAGAGAACAUUCACAAACUGAUAUAGCACCGGCUGUUUCCAAUUUUGGACAAUUCCUCUUAACAUAAAAA